AUGUACAAUGCACGGUCAGGCAUUACCCAGUCUACCUUAAUCAACGGCAUUGACUGGAUUUUUCGCAAAUUAAAUGAACAAAAAUCAAGCAGCAUGAGAAAAACUCUCCCUCGGGGAAUCGAACCCCGGUCUCCCGCGCUUCUCGGUGUUAAUGACAAGCGGAAAUCAUCACCACUAGACCAAGGAAGAUUGAAUGACCGAGUUACAGCUCGACCACUUGGCUGGUUGAUGAAAGGUUCCACAUGCCAAUGGAUUCAGUGUCAUCACAAUUUGUCAAAGCACAUACAUGCAUUGUGUCGUAUAUCCUAUUUUGCAUAUUUUCUUAAGAUCAAGAGAAGAAUUGAGUUUAUGUACAAAAGCUCCGGGCUUGGUAUAUAUAUGUAUCAGCUGCUUCUUCCUUGUGUCGAUUGA